CAUUCUCUUUGGGGUCACCUCCUCUGGAACUCAGCCAAGUGCAUGGUCGAAUAUCUCGUUGAGCAUGCAGAAGACAUCCGAGGCAAGCAGAUCGUCGAGCUCGGAGCCGGCAUUGGGCUCCCUUCAGUCGUGGCAUCGAUGAAAGGAGCAAAGCGAGUGGUGAUCACAGACUACCCGGACGAGGAUCUGCUGAUGACAAUCAAAAGCAAUGUCGAGCGUCUCGAUCUCAAGGUGGGUUGCGCGCCAUUGAUCGCGAUCACGCAUGAACCUGACAAAUAUGGAAAGAACAUGGAGGUAGUGGGACACAAGUGGGGAAGCAACACCCAACAAUUGAGGGACCUGUCCUGCGGCAGAGGUUUUGACCUCAUCAUCAUCUCAGACGCCAUCUUCAAUCAUUACGCACAUAACGCUCUUCUCCGCUCAUGUUCAGAACUCUUGUGCGAUUCACCAGAAUCGAGAAUCCUUGUUAGCUUCUCACACCAUCGACCUCGACUGUACAAGGAAGAUUUGAACUUCUUCGAGGUUCACUUGUUGCGAUCCUGA